CAUCAAGUACAUAUCCAUUUGAGCGAAUUCAUACGUCAAGUUCAUACACCGCAACACUGCUGUGCUGACUGCUGUGCAACUCUGCCUGCACUACUCUGCAGUUGGUGUUCUGAAGCGACAUUGCCAAAACAAGGGAUGUACAAGUGCAUAUACAAUAGCCCUUGAGAUAAACACGACACGCUAGACGCUAGCUUCUUCCGUCUAUUCUAGGCUCGUUUGUGAGCUGGGAGCAGCAUGUUGUUGCCCAACUUACACCAGCAGUAUAAUGCACAGUAAAUCUGUUUAAGGGCAACUUGAAACAGCAGAAGACGGCAGGGGCCUUGCAAGCGCCAUGCCUUUGCGAGGAAGAGACGCGACGCUGCGCAGGGCCGGACCAGCUCGGGAGCAAGUGGGCCAUGCUGUUGACCUGUUCCGAAGCAGCAGUGACGAGGAAGACUUGGGGUCGGCCGGUGGCGCUAGCUCCCGCGUGCAAUUCCCUGGGGAGUUGCGCGGACACUACUUCGUUCGGGAUGCCACCUGCGAUGAGGGCUACGAGUUGGACCUGCACAUCACCGACCGCGAGUCAGUGCCCAUCCGGGUGCUGCCCAGCCCCGCCGGCAGCCGCGCCAACACAGCCGUCCAGUCCGCACUGGCCACACCCCGCAACCUGGGCACGGAGCUGUCGGCAGCCUCUUUGCAGGCCAACGACACCGCCGGCACGAGCCGCGGCCGGGCGCAGCAGGACCCGGCCCCCCGCCCAGGCACCUCCAUCGCGUCCGUGGGCUCUGCCGCCUCCGGCUCCACUACUGGCUCCUCUCUGACGCAUCAGAAGCUACUGCUGCUGCAGCUGCAGCACCAGCAGCAGGCGCUGAACGGGCUCAUGGCGGCGACCGACGCCGCGGUCACGGCGCUGGCGGCGGCGGCGGGUGUGGCUGGCGAGGGUGCACCGGCGGGCGUAGAGUGCGAGGACGAGGACAUCGCGGGCGCGCCGUCAGCGGCGGGGGCUUCGGCUCGCCUGGCAGGCGCACACGGGCCCUCCAGCCCCUGCGCCCUGCUGGGCUGCGCCCCGCAGCUGACCGCGGCGGCGGCAGCGGCGGCGCUGUCUGCAGCGGAGCAGGCGGCGCUGCUGGCUGACCUGCCUCCCGACCUGCAGGCCCUGCACACCUCGUCGGCCCAUGGGCAUGUGCUGGGCUUCCUGCUGACUCCUCCCCACGCGCACCCGCACGGGCACCCGCUCUCCCCCGCCAUCAGCCACAGCAUGUACGCGGACUCGGCCUACCAGGGCCCCGGUCUCCCCGGCUUCCCUGGCGGCCCCGGCUUCCCCGGAGGCCCCGGCUUCGCUGGUGCGUACCCGGGGGCUGUGGGCACGGCCGCGGGCGGCUACCUGCUGCCCUCGCCUGCGCAGCGUGACGUGUCGGCGUCGGGCGUCAGUCUGGCGGAGGCGAUGUCUGCCGCGGGGCCAGGCAGCCACGAGCACCACCACCUGCACGAGCACCACCAUCACCACCACCACCACUACCACGCCACCACCGCCGGCGCCGCGGCCAUCCUGCGCGGCGGCCGCCGCACCGCCUCCGCCUCGCCGCACGGCGGCCGCGGCGCUGCUGCCGGCGCCGCCGCGGCGGCGCACCCCAGCGCCAGCAUGAGCACCUCGGCCACCGCAGCAGCCGGCGGCUCCGGCUCCGGCCCCUUGUCUGGCGGUGUCCGCAAGAAGCAGAAGUCGCGCUCGGCCAGCCCCAUGCGCAGCGGCGGCGUCGCCGUGGGCCGCGCCAGCCAGCCCGCCGUCAUCCUGCGCCGCCCGCGCAGCCCCGGCCGCAGUUCUGCGGGUGGCGCCGGCGCCGGCGCAGGCGCAAGCUCCGCCGGCAGCCCGCGCCGGCCCGCCUCCAAGCUGUUGAAGCAGACGCCCAAGCAGUGGUCGCAGCACCGGCACCGGCUGCUGCCCGUGCCAGACCGGGCGCCGCUUGAAGCAACGCCGCAGUCGCAGCUGCAGGAGGCGGGCGCGCUUGGGGAUGGUCAGUCAGUUUCGGAGCGGCUGAGUGCGGACUGGCGCGAGCUGGACGACGACGCCCGAGUCAACUGGCGCCUCAUCGCCACGCCGCGCAGCCGCCAGGGCAGCCAGAGCAGCGGCGUGGCGACAACCGGCAGCCGGCGGCAGACGCGUGAGGACGCGGUGGUCGUGGAGGAGGAGGAGGACGAGGUGGAGGAGGAGGAAGAGGAGGGGGAGGAGGUCGCGGUGGGAGUGGGUGUUGGCGGCGGCGACGUGGACCGGGCGUACCAGCAGCAGCCGUCUCUGCGGUGGAUGGCGCUGGAGGGCGAGGCGAAGGAGGGGCGGUCGGAGCUGGGCGGGCAGCGCUCGCUGGACCUGAGCCUGGUGCGCCGCGGCACGGGCGGCGCUGCUGCCCCUGCGGCUGGUGCUGCUGCCGCCCCUGUGGCCGCGGCCGCGCCCACCCGGCUGCACAUGCGGCUGGGCAGCAGUACGGAGCUGUACGACAUAAUGACGAUGGUGCGCCCCGACGGCUCCACCGCCACCGUCAUGCAGGUCUGCCACAGCGGCGGCCGCGGCGCCACGCCGCCCGCCUCGCCGCCGCGCCUGUCGCGCAGCAUCAUCGAGGCCGCGGGCGGUGUCGAUGCCGCCGGCACUACGCCCGUGCACACCAUCCACGUCAACGAGCUGUUCUUCCAGUCGCCGGAGGGUGCGGCGGCGGCAGCGGCCGCGCUCGGCAGCGGCGCCGUGGCCUCUGGACGGGCGGAGGGCUUGGCUGCGGCGCUGCCGGCGGGCGGCAGCGCCAGUGUGGGCUCGGUGGUUUCGGGCUCCGGCGAGGGCUCGUUCAUGUACGAGGUCCGCGCCACACCCACCGGCACCACCAUCACGUUGCUGCACGACCUCAGCGGCGGCGACGCCCUGGCGGCGGCGGCUGCCGCGGCGGCGGCGACGGUGGCGGCUGCCGGCGAUGGGCAGCAGCAGGCGAUUGGCUGCGCAGUGGAUGCACAGGGAGCGGCAGAUGCGGCGGAGGGCAUGAUGCUGGGCAAUCCACUGUACAGGUGGACUGGCAGCUAUGGAGGUGAUGCCACUGCCGAGGCCAGCCGCCCCGACAGCCCCGGCAUCUACCCGGGGACCACCUACUCGCCAGCGGGGCUGCUGGGAGUGGGCGCCUUCGGCAGCGCCGGUGCCGCGGCAUCGGGGUCGGGGGGCCUGCGCCGCAGCAUUAGCGCCGCGCCGCGGCAGCAGGGGCGGCAGGCACGUGCGGCGCGCCUGGGGUCGGGAGCGUUUGGAUCGCUGGGUGGAGCCGGCGGCGUAGGAGGUGACGGCUCGACGGACCCCGGCGUGCGGAGCACAGGCGGCACUGUGAUGAGCGCGAUGAUGAACCCCAUGUUCAGCUACGGCGGCUCCGACCCGCUGGCCGCGUCCUCCCCCGGCCUGGUCAGCUACACCAGCACCGCCACCAUUGGCGAUUACACCUAUGACACGCUGUGCACCGCCGACGGCAUCAUGGUGGUGCGCCGCGGCCCACAGCAUGGCCCCGCGGCUGCGCAGCCGCCGCUGCCGGCCGCGCCGACCGCUCGCGACGCGGCGGCUGAGGCUGAGCCUGAGCCUGAGGCCGAGGCUGCGGCUGCGGCUGCUGCUGCAAUGACGGCGGCGCUGCAAGACGCGCUGGCCUCCGGCGCUGCCGCGGCUUCCGUGGCGGGUGCUGCUGUGUGUGGUGGCGGGGCCGCUGAGCAGGGUCAGGGUGCGGCGGUGGCAGCUACAGCUACAGCCGCAGCUACAGCCGCAGGUGCGGUGGUGGCAGCUACAGCUACAGCUGCUGGUGCGGCUGAACUCCAGGCGGUACUCGACUUCGCGGCCCGUCAGGCUGCAGAGGAGGCACGGGAGGAGGCAGAGGAGGCAGCUGAGGCAGCUGAGGCCGGCGCCCGCACCCUCAAGAGCAUGGACUCGGUGGCGCGUGCAACCCUCGAUAUGGCCGCCGAGCAGCUGGAAGAGGCGGAGCGCGCCAGCAAGCUGUCGGCGGAGCGGGCGCGUCGGCUGUCGGGCACUGGCGCCGGCAUGGGCAGCGCAUCUGCUGCCGGUGAGGGCUCAGUUGCAGCACAGGCUGAGGCCGCUGCGGCGGAGGCGGCAGAGGCAGCGGCCGCGGAAGCAGCGGCGGCGGAGGCAGUGGCGGCAGCGGCAGCAGCAGCGGAGGCCGAGGCAGCGGCUGUAGCAAAGGCUGAGGCCGAGGCAGUGGCUGUAGCAAAGGCUGAAGCAGCGGCUGUAGCAAAGGCUGAGGCCGAGGCAGCGGCUGUCGCUAAAGCAAAGGCGGAGGCAGCGGCUGUCGCCAAGGCUAAGGCGGAGGCGGAGGCUGCAAUCAAGGCUAAGGCGGAAGCCAAAGCCAAGGCGAAGGCCGACCGGGAUGCAGCUGCAAAGAUCAAAGCUGAGGCGGCUGCCAGAGCGAAGGCCGAGGCUGAGGCGGCCGCUGCAGAAGCCAAGGAGGCGGCUGCCGCUAAGGCAAAGGUUGAAGCUGAAGCUGCCGCCAAAGCCAAAGCUGAGGCAGCGGCGGCGGCGUUGGCCAAAGCAAAGGCCGAGGCCGAGGCAGCCGCAAAAGGCAAGGCGGCUGCAGAGGCGGCCGCAAAGGCAAAGGUGGCGGCAGACGCAGCGGCCGCGAAGGCCAAGGCAGAAGCCGCAGCAAAGGCGCAGGCGGAUGCAGCGGCCACAAAGGCCAAGGCAGAAGCAGAAGCCAAGGCAAAGGCGGAGGCGUUGACGAAGAGCCAAGAUGAGGCCAAAGCAGCGGCGGCUGAAGUGCCGGAGAAGAUAGCUGCAGCUUCAUCUAGUAAGCCGGCAGCGGUUGUGACGGCCUCGUCCCGUACGGCAACGCUGCCCUCGCCUCCAGCAGCUGGAUUGCUCAGUAAGGCAACCCCCGUGGUUGCAGGCGGCAAGCGCGGGCGCAAGCAGCAGGCCAUUGCGAAGGCAAUGGCUGCGCCUAGCGCAGCUGCUGGCAGCAAGCACAAGGGCGCCGCCACCAAGUCUGAGCGCUCGUCCCCGUCAAACUCUCGCCGCUGGCCGAUGCUGCUGACGGCCCUGGCUGUGAUCCUGGUUGCCACCACCGUGGGCGUCGUUUACCUCGGCACAGCCACGACAGUGGUGCCGCAACCGGGAAGCCUGGCCAGCCGUCUACCGUCGCCUCUGCAGAAACCUGUCGCAGCAAUGCAGUCGGCUUGGGCCAGGUUUGCUGGCCUGUCCGAUUCGAACGACCAGCCGCAGCAUGCUGCAAGCGUGGAAGACAAGCUUGAUCGGCUACUGGCGGAAGACGUCCGUAGCGAGCUUGUUCGCGUGGAUGAUGCCGCAGCUGCCGCCGCGGAGGCUGCAGCCGCGGAGGCUGCGGCUGUGCAGGCCGCUGCAGAGGAGUCAGAGCGUCUGGCAGAGCUGGAUCGGCAGGUGAAGGCGGCAGCUGAGGCUGCGGCUGCGCAGGCCGCUGCAGAGAAGUCAGAGCGUCUAGCAGAGCUGGAUCGGCAGGCGAAGGCGGCAGCUGAGGGUGCGGCCGCGAAGGCCGCUGCAGAGGAGUCAGAGCGUCUGGCAGAGCUGGAUCGGCAGGCGAAGGCGGCAGCUGAGGCUGCGGCUGCGCAGGCCGCUGCAGAGGAGUCAGAGCGUCUGGCAGAGCUGAAAGUGCAGGCGAAGGCGGCAGCUGAGGCUGCGGCUGCGCGGGCAGCUGCAGAAGAGUCAGAGCGUCUGGCAGAGCUGGAGGUGCAGGCGAAGGCGGCAGCUGAGGCUGCGGCUGCGAAGGCCGCUGCAGAAGAGUCAGAGCGUCUGGCAGAGCUGGAGCGGCAGGCGAAGGCGACUGCUGAGGCCGCGGCAGCGACGGCCACUGCAGAAGAGUCAGAGCGUCUGGCAGAGCUGGAUCGGCAGGCGAAGGCGGCAGCUGAGGGUGCGGCAGCGAAGGCCGCCGCGGAGCAGGUUGCCCUGAAGGAGGCGCAGGCCGCCAAGGCUGCUCAGGCCAAGGCGGAGGCUACCGCCGCCGCUCGUGCCGAGGCCAAGCGCGUGGCUGAGGAGAAGCGUGCUGCGGAGCAGGCUGCCCUGAAGGAGGCGCAGGCCGCCAAGGCUGCUCAGGCCAAAGCGGAGGCGGAGGCUACCGCUGCCGCCCGUGCUGAGGCCAAGCGCGAGGCUGAGGCGAAGCGCGCCGCGGAGCAGGCUGCCCUGAAGGAGGCGCAGGCCGCCAAGGCUGCUCAGGCCAAGGCGGAGGCGGAGGCUACCGCUGCCGCUCGUGCCGAGGCCAAGCGCGUGGCAGAGGAGAAGCGCGCCGCGGAGCAGGCUGCCUUGAAGGAGGCGCAGGCCGCCAAGGCUGCUCAGGCCAAGGCGGAGGCGGAGGCUACCGCCGCCGCCCGUGCCAAGGCGAAGCGCGUGGCUGAGGCGAAGCGCGCCGCGGAGCAGGCUGCCCUGAAGGAGGCGCAGGCCGCCAAGGCUGCUCAGGCCAAGGCGGAGGCGGAGGCUACCGCCGUUGCCCGUGCUGAGGCCAAGCGCGUGGCAGAGGAGAAGCGCGCCGCGGAGCAGGCUGCCCUGAAGGAGGCGCAGGCCGCCAAGGCUGCUCAGGCCAAGGCGGAGGCGGAGGCUACCGCCGCCGCCCGUGCCGAGGCCAAGCGUGUGGCUGAGGCGAAGCGCGCCGCGGAGCAGGCUGCCCUGAAGGAGGCGCAGGCCGCCAAGGCUGCUCAGGCCAAGGCGGAGGCGGAGGCUACCGCUGCCGCCCGUGCUGAGGCCAAGCGCGUGGCUGAGGCGAAGCGCGCCGCGGAGCAGGCUGCCCUGAAGGAGGCGCAGGCCGCCAAGGCUGCUCAGGCCAAGGCGGAGGCGGAGGCUACCGCUGCCGCCCGUGCUGAGGCCAAGCGCGUGGCUGAGGCGAAGCGCGCCGCGGAGCAGGCUGCCCUGAAGGAGGCGCAGGCCGCCAAGGCUGCUCAGGCCAAGGCGGAGGCGGAGGCUACCGCCGUUGCCCGUGCUGAGGCCAAGCGCGUGGCUGAGGCGAAGCGCGCCGCGGAGCAGGCUGCCCUGACGGAGGCGCAGGCCGCCAAGGCUGCUCAGGCCAAGGCGGAGGCGGAGGCUACCGCUGCCGCCCGUGCUGAGGCCAAGCGUGAGGCUGAGGUGAAGCGCGCCGCGGAGCAGGCUGCCCUGAAGGAGGCGCAGGCCGCCAAGGCUGCUCAGGCCAAGGCGGAGGCGGAGGCUACCGCCGCCGCCCGUGCUGAGGCCAAGCGCGUGGCUGAGGAGAAGCGCGCCGUGGAGCAGGCUGCCCUGAAGGAGGCGCAGGCCGCCAAGGCUGCUCAGGCCAAGGCGGAGGCGGAGGCUACCGCCGCCGCCCGUGCUGAGGCCAAGCGCGUGGCUGAGGCGAAGCGCGCCGUGGAGCAGGCUGCCCUGAAGGAGGCGCAGGCCGCCAAGGCUGCUCAGGCCAAGGCGGAGGCGGAGGCUGCAGCCGUUGCCCGUGCCGAGGCCAAGCGCGUGGCAGAGGCGAAGCGCGCCGCGGAGCAGGCUGCCCUGAAGGAGGCGCAGGCCGCCAAGGCUGCUCAGGCCAAGGCGGAGGCGGAGGCUACCGCUGCCGCCCGUGCUGAGGCCAAGCGCGUGGCUGAGGCGAAGCGCGCCGCGGAGCAGGCUGCCCUGAAGGAGGCGCAGGCCGCCAAGGCUGCUCAGGCCAAGGCGGAGGCGGAGGCUACCGCUGCCGCCCGUGCUGAGGCCAAGCGCGUGGCUGAGGCGAAGCGCGCCGCGGAGCAGGCUGCCCUGAAGGAGGCGCAGGCCGCCAAGGCUGCUCAGGCCAAGGCGGAGGCGGAGGCUACCGCUGCCGCCCGUGCUGAGGCCAAGCGCGUGGCUGAGGCGAAGCGCGCCGCGGAGCAGGCUGCCCUGACGGAGGCGCAGGCCGCCAAGGCUGCUCAGGCCAAGGCGGAGGCGGAGGCUACCGCUGCCGCCCGUGCUGAGGCCAAGCGCGAGGCUGAGGUGAAGCGCGCCGCGGAGCAGGCUGCCCUGAAGGAGGCGCAGGCCGCCAAGGCUGCUCAGGCCAAGACGGAGGCGGAGGCUACCGCUGCCGCCCGUGCUGAGGCCAAGCGCGUGGCUGAGGCGAAGCGCGCCGCGGAGCAGGCUGCCCUGAAGGAGGCGCAGGCCGCCCAGGCUGCUCAGGCCAAGGCGGAGGCGGAGGCUACCGCCGCCGCCCGUGCUGAGGCCAAGCGCGUGGCUGAGGCGAAGCGCGCCGCGGAGCAGGCUGCCCUGAAGGAGGCGCAGGCCGCCAAGGCUGCUCAGGCCAAGGCGGAGGCGGAGGCUACCGCCGCCGCCCGUGCUGAGGCCAAGCGCGUGGCUGAGGAGAAGCGCGCCGUGGAGCAGGCUGCCCUGAAGGAGGCGCAGGCCGCCCAGGCUGCUCAGGCCAAGGCGGAGGCGGAGGCUACCGCCGCCGCCCGUGCUGAGGCCAAGCGCGUGGCUGAGGCGAAGCGCGCCGUGGAGCAGGCUGCCCUGAAGGAGGCGCAGGCCGCCAAGGCUGCUCAGGCCAAGGCGGAGGCGGAGGCUACCGCUGCCGCCCGUGCUGAGGCCAAGCGCGUGGCUGAGGCGAAGCGCGCCGCGGAGCAGGCUGCCCUGAAGGAGGCGCAGGCCGCCCAGGCUGCUCAGGCCAAGGCUGAGGCGGAGGCUGCAGCUGUUGCCCGUGCUGAGGCCAAGCGCGUGGCUGAGGCGAAGCGCGCCGCGGAGCAGGCUGCCCUGAAGGAGGCGCAGGCCGCCAAGGCUGCUCAGGCCAAGGCGGAGGCGGAGGCUACCGCUGCCGCCCGUGCUGAGGCCAAGCGCGUGGCUGAGGCGAAGCGCGCCGCGGAGCAGGCUGCCCUGAAGGAGGCGCAGGCCGCCAAGGCUGCUCAGGCCAAGGCGGAGGCGGAGGCUACCGCUGCCGCCCGUGCUGAGGCCAAGCGCGAGGCUGAGGCGAAGCGCGCCGCGGAGCAGGCUGCCCUGAAGGAGGCGCAGGCCGCCAAGGCUGCUCAGGCCAAGACGGAGGCGGAGGCUACCGCCGCCGCCCGUGCUGAGGCCAAGCGCGUGGCUGAGGCGAAGCGCGCCGCGGAGCAGGCUGCCCUGAAGGAGGCGCAGGCCGCCCAGGCUGCUCAGGCCAAGGCGGAGGCGGAGGCUACCGCCGUUGCCCGUGCUGAGGCCAAGCGCGUGGCUGAGGAGAAGCGCGCCGUGGAGCAGGCUGCCCUGAAGGAGGCGCAGGCCGCCAAGGCUGCUCAGGCCAAGGCGGAGGCGGAGGCUACCGCCGCCGCCCGUGCUGAGGCCAAGCGCGUGGCUGAGGCGAAGCGCGCCGUGGAGCAGGCUGCUCUGAAGGAGGCGCAGGCCGCCAAGGCUGCUCAGGCCAAGGCUGAGGCGGAGGCUGCAGCCGUUGCCCGUGCCGAGGCCAAGCGCGUGGCAGAGGAGAAGCGCGCCGCGGAGCAGGCUGCCCUGAAGGAGGCGCAGGCCGCCAAGGCUGCUCAGGCCAAGGCGGAGGCGGAGGCUACCGCCACCGCCCGUGCUGAGGCCAAGCGCGUGGCUGAGGCGAAGCGCGCCGCGGAGCAGGCUGCCCUGAAGGAGGCGCAGGCCGCCAAGGCUGCUCAGGCCAAGGCUGAGGCGGAGGCUACCGCUGCCGCCCGUGCUGAGGCCAAGCGCGUGGCAGAGGAGAAGCGCGCCGCGGAGCAGGCUGCCCUGAAGGAGGCGCAGGCCGCCAAGGCUGCUCAGGCCAAGGCGGAGGCGGAGGCUGCCGCCACCGCCCGUGCCGAGGCCAAGCGCGUGGCUGAGGCGAAGCGCGCCGCGGAGCAGGCUGCCCUGAAGGAGGCGCAGGCCGCCAAGGCUGCUCAGGCCAAGGCGGAGGCGGAGGCUACCGCCACCGCCCGUGCUGAGGCCAAGCGCGUGGCUGAGGCGAAGCGCGCCGUGGAGCAGGCUGCCCUGAAGGAGGCGCAGGCCGCCAAGGCUGCUCAGGCCAAGGCGGAGGCGGAGGCUGCAGCCGUUGCCCGUGCUGAGGCCAAGCGCGUGGCAGAGGAGAAGCGCGCUGCACAACGGAAGGCAGCGAUUGCUGCUCGGAACGCGGCCGCUCAGAAACUGAGCCGGACAGUAAAGUUUGCAGGAGCCGUUGUUUGCACGGCUUUAGCGAUUGCUGUCGUCGGCCUUCUGUAUAGCGGUCACAUGCCCAUCCGGCCCAAGGAGUGGAAGGAUGUCUGGGAUGCAGCGUCGGGCUGGGCCGCUGGAUCCUGGCUCGUGCGUGCUCGAGGUGGUGCGCCUGCGGCCGCUGCUGCCAUUGGUCAGGCUGCCACCGGCGGCAGCGGAACCACGCCAGCUGGCUUGGCCACGCCCUUUGCGCACGGCUAUGGCGCCAUGUGGACGACGGGCGGCAACGGCGCCGCGGGCAUGUUCAGCUGGCUUCUGGGCCAGGAGCCCGAGGGCGUGGACGCCUUUGGCUACGCCGCCGCGCAUAACGCCGUGGCUGGAGCACCGCUGCUACACCCCGGCGCCGGCGACCCGGCGCUCGGCAACGACCCCUACGGCCCAGCCCUGGGCGGCGCCGCGGGCGCGGGCGUGCUGCUGAGCGGGCAGUACGACCUGGACAAUCUGGAUGUGGGUGGCGGCGAUGACGGCGGCUACGCGGCGGCGCAGCAGCAGCACGAGGACGACGACUACGCCGAGUACGACAACGCCGAGUACGACAACCGACACGGCGGGCGGUCGCACGUGUACGGCGGGCAGGACUACUACUGGCUGCGGCCCAACCGGAUGGUUCCGCGGGCCAUGCAUCCUGGCGCCGGCGCCACGCCGGGGCCCGGGCCCUCUGGCGGCGCGCACGCCGCAGCCCCUGGCAUGAACUUCCACUGGCUCCGCAACCGCACGGUGUGGGGUUACGAGACGGAGGCGCAGGCGCUGUCGCCCGAGGUCCGUCGCCUGGUGGCCUCCAAUCGGGCCACACAACACAACCACGGCACCGGCAGCGGCCCCGGGGGCAGUGCUGCGCAGACACCCACUCGCCGCCAGUGAGGUGUUUGUGUGAGGUGAUGGUGGAGGCGCUGGAUGAUGGAUGUACGAAAUGCUUGAUGCGUGGCCAUGUAAAUAACCGCAUGCAUGGGUGGAGGCGGGGGCGCAAGAAUAUGCCUAGUACCGGGUGAUGAGAGAGUGGGUAGCCUGGAUGUAUACCAUGAGCUGCGAUGGCGCGCAAAUGGGGGUCGUCAUGCUAUGCCAUUGAAUUAACAGGCGUUGAAGAAAUGCCAGCGUGCUUGUGGGUGGGCUGUGUGCGUGUGAUCACGUUCGUGUUUUGCAAUGUCUACCUUCUAGGCGGGUUUACGUCUCCGCGUUGUGGUAUUGCGUGUAGUGCGUGGGCAUGGCUGCUCGGUGAAUGGGGGCACUUUCCGUGUCACUCAAUUUCCGUGAGCAAGUGACCAAGUCUGCUGUCGCUGUAGGCAAGCCAGCUCUCGGCAGCGACACGAUGCGAUGUUGGCAGCAGUUAGCAGCGUGCGCUUGAAUCUGUAUAUGCCAUGCGUAUGCCCUCGGACCUGACCCGGAUGUGAUUGACAGCGUGAGCAUUACGGUACAAACUUUUCCUGUCUUCCGGAGUGCUGGCAGUUGCUGACAAUGAAGGCUGACUGCGGCGCUUGGUGGACGACUUACGGCUACCGUGCCCUGUGUUGUGCAUGUCGGGCUAAAUGUUGAAUCUUACAUACGGUGAUAUAAGCUCAUGCCGCAGCGUGAUGUGACCGAUGACCAAUUUGCAGAGCGAGGACUUGACCCGCUCAUCCACAUGUGCAGUACUGAAUGUGCAGAUACCUGUAACGACCCUAACGCGAAUGCGUGCAGACGU